UGCCGCUCACGUUGGUCUCGAACAAUGCCACAGCUUCCGGCAAGCGCUGGCGACUGCGCUCGCAGGCAUGUGAAACUGGUGCGAGUGAUGUCAACAGCAGAGAGCCUGGUCAAAGGAUUCUUUGCAGCCAACGCAAACCCCGAGCGCCCAGGAACAAAAACAGUGUACGACGGCAAUCUUCAACUUCUAGAGCCUUGGAAGGCAAGAUCGCAAGGCCUACCUACUGAAGUCCAGCUUCUUUUCCACCGGUGAAGAGACGUCCAGCAAGCCUCUGGUGGUAUUGAAUAUCUCUCGCUUGCGGGGCGCUCUCUCAGUCUCGGACGCCUCAUCCGCUGCGCAUAGGACUUGGCAACCAUGAGAAGUUUAGCUUCAUCCCAAAUCGGGCACAAGAGGCGAGCGGUAUGCAGCUCCCAAUAAACCGCGUGAUCAGGCAAACACAGCCUCGUAUUGGAGUAGCCGACCUCAGCUCUUAUGAACCUGACAUGGCCAUCUAAGAUGUUGUUGUAUCUGUACAACACCCGCAGUCAGGUCACCAUGUCACUUGCACGACUGCGUACAGUUCUGCUUCUAGCAUUGUUUAGCGGUGCUACUGUUGAGAGCUCCCAGGCGCCAUUGAUCACUCCAGCGCCUGUUGCAAGAGGACUUCUUCCUCGUCAGGUCGAUGACCCUGGCCCAACAUGUGGAUAUGUGAACGCUGAUAUCCUGCAAGCUCAAUACUGCCAGAACGGCUUCACUUGCUUUGCCGAACCAACCUUCCGCGCAGCAGGAGGUUGUUGUCGUCUAGGAGAUGGCGCAAACUGUCAGCUCCCCACCAGCUGUGUUCCACAAGCCAGCCUCUCGCAAUCUUGCAAUGCUGCGUGUAGCGCAAAUGCUCGCAUUACGAAAUGCACCGAUUCUGCCUCGCCCUACUGCUACACCAAUUACUGGCCAACGGCAGGGCAGACACUUCUCAAUGUAGGCUGCACCACUGCGCAGGGACAGUUCUCGUUUAUUUACACGACCUACACCUUAUACGGACAAGGCUUCAGCGAUAUUGUAGCUUCAACGCAAUCCGGUUCUCCAAUACCGACAUUUACGAAUACCGAUACUUCUGCUAUAGCUACAGAAACGGGGAACGCAUCGGCCAACAACAACGACGACGACGAAGAAGUCGCAGCCGGGACCUCUUCGAAUAGCAACAGUGGGGCCGUGAGCAACUCUCAAAUCACCACAAACGACACCUCAGGAGGCUCAUCCACCAACGUUGGUGCAAUAGCCGGAGGCGUCGUAGGUGGUGUAGCUGCGCUUGGCCUCAUCGCAGCAUUGAUCACCUGGAUUGUUCUGCGCAACAAGAGAAAGGAGCGCAAAGUCGAUACUACUACGACCUCAAAAGGUGGUGGUGGUGAAGUAGGAGGAGGGGGAGGAGCACUCGAAAAUCACAUGAAUGACCCCAAAUCACCAGUCAGCACUGCAGUUUCGCCAUCGGUGUCGCCACAUGUCCAUUCGAGGGAUGAACCUGUCAGCAAUGAGCUCCAGGCAGGUGAUUCUCGAUUCGAAGUCCCAGGAUAUGCAGAGCCGCAAGAGUUGCAGCAUCAUCACGCGCAGAGGAGAUUUCCUGAGUUGCCUUGAGAGAGAGAGAGAGAGAGAUUUUUGAACCAGUUAGUUAGGGGUUGGGGGAAAGUCUGGUACUUUGCCGCUGCUAGAUCUUCUCGACUGCGGGCUGCAUAGUCUUCUUUUUUUUCAAGCGAUUUCGAGAGAUGUGAAAUGAAGUGAGAUGAGAUGAGAUGAGAUGCAGUGGCUAACUUUGUGCGAUGCUUGAGUCUCUUGUCUCCCAUGC